GGAUAGGAGAAAGGAGAAUAAAAAUGAAAAAUACCUUUUCGAUGUAAUGGCGUCUUUGAUCAAAUUUCUUGUCGAAUUUGGGUUCCAAUUCUCUGUAAUUCGUCAAAUUUGCUAGUGUUUCCGUAGAUCGGGUUCUUAGAAUGAGCUCAACUUGAUGUAUGAGAUGCUAAGGUGAUUGGAAUUUCAGGUAAUUUGGUUCACACUGAUGUAGCAGCAGCAGCUCAAGUUUCGAAGUUAGGGUUCUUGUGGAUUGGUUCGAGCUUGCUACUGAAAAUGCAGAAUUCUGGGAAUGAAGGCCAGGAUGUGCAAGAUCAGAGGCAAAUAACUGGUAUGGAGGACUCCACUGCUAUGACUAUCGAGUUCCUUCGUGCUCGGUUGCUGUCUGAAAGAUCUGUUUCAAGAACUGCAAGGCAGAGGGCUGAUGAGCUGGCUAAAAGCGUUAUGGAACUGGAGGAACAGCUAAAGGUUGUGACUCUCCAAAGAAAGAAAGCAGAGAAAGCAACAGAAGAAGUUCUAACUAUACUUGAGGACAAUGGAAUCAGUGACUUAUCUGAAGAACUUGAUUCAAGCUCUGACCAGGAAGGACUCUUCUAUGAAACAAAAGAGGACAAUUCCAUGAAGGAAGAGGAAAACUCUGUGACUUCAAAACUAAGAAAGGAACCAGAGGAGUUGCCUGGUUUGGGCUUUCAAGGUACUUCUUUACCUGGUAAAUGUUUAUCAUGGAAAAGCUGUAGUGGUGGUCAUAAACAUCUUCAAAAGAAGUACAUGGAACAGGCUAGGAGGCGGCGAAGCAGUUUGAUUUCUAGAACUGGAUCUUCUCCAAGACAGCGUCUGGGGAAGUCAUGUCGCCAGAUAAAACAAAGAGAAACAAGAUCUGCAGCAGAUGAGGUAAACAAUGGGCCUCUCCUGCUUGAUGCUCAAGAAAAUGGAGCUGACAGAUGCUUCAAAGAUGGGCCUGAGACCUUGAAAGGUCCUAGAGACAAGGAAGAGAAAGUGGGUAAAAUUGGCCUUUAUGUUAAUGGAAGCGGGCAAGAUGCAGAUAUGGAAAGAGCAUUAGAGCAGCAGGCCCAGCUCAUAGGUCAAUAUGAGGCAGAAGAAAAGGCUCAGAGAGAAUGGGAGGAAAGGUUCAAAGAAAAUUACAGUUGUACUCUGGGUUUGUGUGAACCUGGGAAUCGGUCAGACAUCACUGAAAAAAGGGAUGAUAUCAGGGCAGAAAUGACAGAUCCUGGUGACAUGGUCCCUUCUCAUGGCCAAGGUGCAAAGUCAGAAGCAGAAGAUGUCUGUUGCAAUGAUCAAGUAGAAGCCCAAGCUCCCAGUGCCUUCCUUCCCUAUAGGAAUGAUGAUAUGGGAUGCCUGUUGGAUCAACAGUCCAGCAAUAGCAAAAGUACAUCUGGUAACGAACUCCCAGCUAUUUUCUCUUUUUCAUGCCAAGAGAAACUAGAAGUUGACUCUAAGAAGCAGGAGCAAGAUUGGUCUCAGAAUAACUCUCUUCCUCCUCCAUCUGGGCUCCCUAAUCAUCAAUUGGCACAGAAAUCUUCUCCUAUGGGUGGGAAUUUUUCCGAACGAGAACUACUAUACAGCCAAAACAAUUCCCAUGCGGUGAUUGUGCAUGAAACAACCAAUGGCUUGGAGAGUGUGUUGGAAGCACUUCAAUGUGCCAAGUUAUCGCUAAAAGAGAAGCUUGAUAAAUUGCCAUUAUCAAACGAAGUGGUGGAUAUGGUAAGAAUGCCAGAAACCACUGUUCCAGAUAUUAAGGCUGGUGAUACCAUGGAGAUUCCUGUUGGAUGUGCUGGUCUAUUCAGGGUACCAACUGAUUUCCAAGUUGAAACUACUCAUCUUCAUGCCAAUUCAUUGGGGUCUUAUUCUGCUUCUGUGUUAAGUUUGGCAGGUUAUUAUCCCAAUCCCAAUAUGCGAGUUGGACCUGCUGAGGCCAAUCGAUACACUUCCAGACCUCAACUGGACACUGCAACUAGAAUUUCUACUCAGAAGCCAUAUGUUGAUCCCUACUUGAAUGCACGAAUUGGUCUACCUGCUUUAAGUAGAUACACCUAUCCUUCCUAUGCAGAUUUAGUGCCAAGAAUGCCAACUACCUCUAUUGAUGGACUUCUGGGACUGCAACCACUUCUGAGAAUGCCAGCUGGCUCUAGUGAUGGAUUUACAGGACUGCAACCUCUGUCGAGAAUGCGAGUUGGCUCCAGUGAUGGGUUUCCAGAACUGCAACCAAUGCCGAGAAUGCCAUCUGGCUCUAGUGAUGGAUUUUCAGUACUUCAACCUAUGUUGAGAAUGCCAACUGGCUAUCGUCAAGGAUUUCCAACAUUGCAGCCUAUGUCGAGAACGCAAACUGGCUCUAGUGAAGGGUUUUCAGGACUGCAAACAAGUAUGAAAUCUAGAAUGCCUUCAAGAGAUGAAUAUAAUGUUUACCAUGAUCAGGUUGGACCAAAUAUGCAUAGGUAUUAGCAAUCAAUUGGCAGUUGCUGGGUCUGGCCUCGGUCUCCCGAUGAAGAUUUUGUGAUACAGGUUAGGUAACAUUGAUUUCCUUGUAUUUAUGGUUAUUGGGAGGUCAUUUGUAUCAUAUUUGAGUCAUUGUUGAAACGAAAAGUUUUUUUUCUCAGCACAUUGUAUUGUAAUCAGUCUUGGGCUUUUUUUUUUUAAUUAUUGAAUCAGAGAAUUUGAAGAUCAUGUUGUUAACA